AUGCUUCCAGCAGCGAAGGACGGGUCUGACAGUCUGAGCAAGGCGGGCGACGAGAGAAGCUCCGAGAAGGGUGGUAGCGAGGAGAAACGAUUUUCCGAGGAUGAAUUGGCUAUAUUCCAUGAACGAGAAUCUGGGAGAGUGAUAUUAGAUCCCGAAGAAGCUCGAAUCGAGUUCGGAGAAGACUUUACGUCGAGGUUGAAAUUGACAUCGGAUGGGAAGACAAUUCUAUGGCCACAACCGAGAGAUGAUCCAGCUGAUCCUCAAAAUUGGAGCGGCCGUAAAAAAGCAUUUCAUCUUGCUAUCAUCACUUUGGCUACAAUUAUUCCAGACUUUGACUCUGCUAUUGGCAUUGCAACCGUUUUCCAACUUGCGAAAGAAUACGGGACGACGACGGGACAUAUUAAUAAUCUUACCUCGAACUGGAGUAUAUUCUUGAUAGGCUGGGGAGGUUUCUUCGAUAUCAUGCUAAUGCGACGUUACGGACGGCUAACGGUUCUUUUUUGGACUCAACUCUUGGCUCUUGGAUUCCUCGUUGGCGCUACGUUUGCUCCGACUUUGGAAGUAUUUGCAGCGAUGCGUUGCUUGACUGGAUUUUUUGGAACGUGCCCUCAAAUCACCGGCCUUUUUGUGAUUAACGACAUCUUUCCGUUCCAUCUCCGCGCAAGAAAGAUCGGGAUAUGGACUUGUGCCGCCGUUCUUGGCCCUCACCUUCCUCCGUUUGUUUUCAGUUUCCUCGUCGGCCGUGCGCAUUAUCGCUGGGCAUGGGUAAUAGGAUGUAUAUACGGUUUGGUGGUCCUACUUUUGAUCGUGUUCUUCAUGGAAGAGACGAUGUAUGAUCGCAAAUUGGGUGUCGGUGUGGUAGAACGAGGAACAAGAGGUCGGCUCAAGGCACUAGUUGGUGGUACCGCAGUUAAGAUAUCCAAGACGGCGCCUACGUGGAGGGAGGUUCUUGUCGCCCCGUUUGCGAUCGCCUGGAGGCCGCAUUUUUUUGGGAUAUGUGUACUUGAGGCUAUGAUAUUUGGGUUCAGUAUCGGUGUCAAUAUCACCAAUACCAUCUUUUUCCAAAGCCCCCCUCCGUUCGGAUUCGGAUUUGAACCUUUUACGGUUGCUGGGAUUUACGCGACGCCAGUUAUUGCAGUUUUCAUCGGAGAGGUUUUCGGACGAUACCUCAAUGACUGGGUGAUGUACACUAGUGUUAAGAGAAACAAUGGUGUGUUCGAGGCUGAAGCGAGGUUGUGGACAUGUUACCUCGCGAUCCCCUUAUUCUUAUGCGGAUUCUUGGUUCUCGGAGCGGCGUUAGAACAUCACUUGCAUAUCGCUGUGAUAGUAGUGGGAUGGGGGAUUGCUCAGAUGGCGACAUUGAUGUGUACAGUUGCGGUUUAUGCGUACAGUAACGAUUGUUUCCCUAGACGACAGGGAGAAGUCAGUGCUGUGAUAAAUAUGUUUAGGGUGCUUGGGGGAUUCAGUGUUGCAUAUUACCAGGUCCCUUGGUCUGAGAAAAACGGAGCUAUGCAAACGCUCGGUUUGGAAGCUGGGAUCGUUUGCGGUCUAUUUGUUUUGAUAGUUCCCGUUUUACAGUUGAAAGGGAGGAAACUCCGACAACGUUUUUCGAUAGAGUAG